AAAAUGACCUGAAAUCUGUUGUAAAUGUGCUGACUCUUGAUAACAGGAUGUGAUGUUUGAUACAUGACCUGAUGGAGCGUGUGUGACUAUGGACUCAUGUGACAGGAUAAAUGAAGUGAUUAGCUGAAGUUACACCAGUAAACAUGUGGACAUCUCUGCUGCUGCUGAGCUGUCUGGGCUUUGUUCAGAGUAUAGUAAGGAUUCAGUUGAGCCGUGUGCCAUCAGUACGGAGUCAACUUCGUGCCAAAAACCAGCUGAAUGAGUUCUUGCACGAGCAUCAACCGGAUGUCUUCUCUCGCCGUUAUGCGCAGUGUUUCCCUCCUGCCAUAAACUACCUCCAUCUGGGGGGCAAAUCCACCGAGAGACUUUACAACUUCAUGGAUGCCCAGUACUCCGGUGAGAUCUGUUUGGGGAAUCCGGUGCAGAACUUCACAGUGGUGUUUGAUACGGGCUCCUCUGACUUCUGGGUCCCGUCAACAUACUGCGUCAGUCAAGCAUGUGCAAUGCACCGUAAGUUCAAGGCCUUUGAAUCGAGCACAUACACGCAUGACGGACGUGUAUUUGGCAUUCAUUAUGGCUCUGGGCAUCUGCUGGGGGUCAUGGCCAGAGAAGAACUGAAGAUCGGCUCUGUGGCGGUUCAGAAUCAGGUGUUUGGCGAGGCCGUGUAUGAACCCGGUUUUGCCUUCGUCAUGGCCCAUUUUGAUGGCGUUCUUGGUUUGGGAUUCCCUCAGCUGGCAGAGGAACAGGGUUCUCCUGUGUUUGACAGUAUGAUCGCACAGAGAACGCUGGAAGAGCCCAUCUUCUCAUUCUAUCUCACGAACAACGGCUCGGGGUUUGGAGGAGAACUGUUGUUUGGUGGGGUGGAUGAAACACGUUUUGUUGCUCCUGUAAACUGGAUUCCAGUCACUCAGUUGGGCUACUGGCAGAUCAAAAUAGAUGCUGUGAAUGUGCAGGGAGCUCAGAGCUUCUGCCAUCAGUCUUCUCAGGGUUGUCAGGCGAUAGUGGACACAGGAACCUCUCUGAUCACUGGACCGUCUAGAGAUAUUCUGCUCCUGCAGCAGUUUAUAGGAGCCACUCCAACCGCAGUUGGAGAGUAUCUGAUCGACUGUGCCAGGAUCAGCAGUUUACCUGUUGUGACCUUCAUCAUAAAUCAUGUAGAGUAUUCACUGUCUGGAGACAUGUACAUCAGGAGGGAGACACUAAAUGAUAAGCAGAUGUGCUUCAGUGGGUUUCAGUCGAUAGAUGUCCCGUCUCCAGCUGCAUCUGUGUGGAUUCUAGGCGAUGUCUUCCUGUCACAGGUCUACAGUAUCUAUGACAGAGGCAAUAACCGUGUUGGAUUUGCUCAUCUUUCAGGAACUUCGAAGUCCGUCGUAUAGGCUCAUGGUGGCGUGAUGCUCCAUCAUCUCUAAACAUGAACAUUAGAGUCUGUAGAGAGUGUUUUACAUAUCAUUUAUAUCAUUAUACUUCAUAAUGUACUCUCUCUGUUCUGUAUAGUCUGGUGUAAUUCAGUUUUGCCCUUUGAAUGUUUCCUUUCCAACACUAUCAGUGGGAGUCUUAUUUCCUUUCAAUGGUAAAAAAUAAAUAGAUAUACUGAAGUCUGAAUGAUUGCCAUAAUCCUGUAUUACAUUUGCAUGCUACUGUAAAAACCUUAAAGAAUGACAUGGUAUUAACAUGGUACAUGUCCAGAGUUUUUGCUGAUUUCACCAAAGCAAUGGUUUAUUGGUCGAUAGUGCAGUCACUGCUGAAUGACGAAUAUAACCCUAAAGAUGUAUUUAUCAAACUAAUCAGACUUUCUAUC